AUGGCAACCAACUCCCCGGAGAUACCCGCCGUGACACCGUCUUCCACCGCCGAACCACCUCAGCCUCAAAUUCAAACUCAACCUCCUCCCACAAAACCACCACCACCACCGCUUCCGGUUAAACCGGAGACCCCUUUACCAGACUCCAAACCCUCAAACGACACCACCUUAAUUCAUAUCCCAACUCACUCGAGAUGGUUCUCAUGGGAUUCCAUUCACGAAUCUGAACUCCGUAACAUUCCCGAUUCUUCCAAGAACCCUAGGGUUUACAAAUACUACAGAAACUCCAUCGUCAAGUUUUUCAGAUUCAAUCCCAACCGAAAAAUAACCUUCACCGAUGUUCGCAAAACGCUCGUCGGCGACGUCGGUUCAAUCAGAAGAGUCUUCGAUUUCCUCGAAGCUUGGGGUUUAAUCAAUUACCAUCCUUCUUCUUCGCUCGCAAAACCUUUCAAAUGGGAAGAUAAAGACACCAAAACCGAAUCAGCUUCAAAUUCCACCGAAUCUCCUCCAGCACCUAUCAAAGAAAAUGCUAAGAGAAUCUGCAGUAACUGCAAAAAUCUCUGCGCCAUUGCUUGCUUUGCAUGUGAUAAGAAUAAUAUGACUCUAUGUGCAAGGUGUUUUGUUCGUGGAAGCUAUAAAGUUGGGACAAGUAAUACUGAUUUCAAGAGAGUGGAGAUAAGCGAGGAGACCAAACCUGAUUGGACUGAGAAGGAAACUCUGAAACUUCUUGAAUGUAUUACGAAUUUCGGUGAUGAUUGGAAGAGGGUUUCUCAUCAUGUUAUUGGAAGGACUGAUAAGGAAUGUGUUGCUCGUUUUCUCAAGCUUCCUUUUGGGGAUCAGUUCAUGCAUUCUCAACGCUUCGAGUCUGCUCAUCUCGCUGAUGAUGGUCGUUCUGAUCUGUUGAAGCCUUCCGUUGAUGCUGGAUGUGAAUCAGAAACUGCUGGCUUGGAUAAAUCUAGUAAGAGAAUGCGUCUCACGCCUCUUGCCGAUGCAAGCAAUCCUAUCAUGGCUCAGGCUGCUUUCCUUUCUGCUUUGGCAGGGACAGAGGUUCCACAAGCUGCAGCUCAAGCAGCUCUGAGAAGUUUGUCCGAUGUUUACAAGUCAAGUAGAAUUAAUCAUCGGUCAUUUCCAAAGCAAGAUGCUGGUGUUGCAUCAAACGGCGUUAAUGCUUCAAAUUCUAUCCAAGGAUCUCUUCUGCGGGCAAAUUUAGAGUGUGAGAAGGAAGAGUCAGAUGUAGAAAAAGCAAUUUCUGAGAUUAUAGAAGUUCAGAUGAAAAAUAUCCAGGACAAGCUUAUGAAUUUUGAAGAUUUAGACCUGCUAAUGGAAAAAGAACGCCAACAAUUGGAGCAAGUGAAGAGUUUGUUUUUCCUUGAUCAACUUAAUCUUUUAUUUCGCAAAACAUCUGCAUCAGCAACCGGAGAAGGCAAUCAUGUAAAAAGGAAUUGA